AUAAAAGUUAAUGCAUUUUCCGUAGGAUUUGCAAGGCCAAUUCGUCAGAUCCCAAAGUAUCUACGCUCAUCUUCAACUCAUCCGCAGGAGGAAGCAAACAGCAUCAUGGGAGAACGUAACGUCGACUUGUCUGCCUACGUGCCGCCGGACGUCAGGAACACUGGAGCACUCGGUGGUGGGCAACUCCAAGUUGAGCUCGACGAUGAAGACGAUCACUUCGGCGGCGGUCCACCUCGACCACCUCAGGCAAGUUUUAAUCUUUUCACAUUAACGCUUCUCUAAUCAUCUAAUUAUUCUUUUGUUUUUACAGCAAUCUACUCCGAAGCCGCCUCCUCCGCCGCCGCCUGCCCCGGCGAAGCCGAAAUACUCCAAACCGUCGAGCUAC